CAUAUGCGUGUGCGUAGAACGCCAUACAUUCAAAUGGCGGGGCUAUAAGAGGCGUAGAGGGAUUUCUUAUUUCUGCUCUGGUAAAUCUGUCGCUUCAGUCAGUGAGACAGCGAAGGGCGAGCUGCGCACCAUUGACCGUAUUCGUGCUUUUUUUUUCUCGUCUGCUCAGUUAUUGAUACCGCGAUUCGCUGUGCGCGCAAGCAAGACGGUGCGAUGUAAUAGUUUGCGAAUUUAUCUCGGCAUGUUCACGAUUAUUUAUUAUGUUAUGCAUCGUACAUCAUUGUUGUUGUGCUGUUUGCAUCCAUCGUCAAAGAUUUUCGCGAUUAAUCUUUUUUGAUUCAGUGUGCACUCCGUAAACUCUGUUAUACUAUUACUACAAAUUGUUUUUAAGUGCUUUUUUUUCUCAACUUUGCCAGAAAUGUGACAUUGUAGCAUUUGCAAUAAAUAUGUGAUUAUCGACACUCGUUCUAUGGAUAUAUUUUUCCAUGAAAUCACGACAUACAAUAAUAUGUUGAAUCAUUUUGCAGUUUAUGAAAUAUUUGCAAAAUAAAAAACUUGAAUAUUGGACGUCAAGAUUACAAUGAUGGUAGUUGGUCAUAUUAUAUCAAAAUCAAUUGUGUGUGACAUACAUAUUUUUCUUUAUUUUAAAACACGUAUCAAGCAAGUAUAAUAUUUAGACCUUCGCAAUUUUCUCUUGUUCGAAAUAUCAAGACAUUCUUGUCGUUUAUUCACUGUCAUUUAUAUACUUUACAUUACAUUAUUGGCAUUGGAUUAUCUCAAACAUCCAUUGUCUUUGUGCACAACAGAUUAAAAAAUAAAAAUGUAACAGCGAAUUAUCAAUGUGAAAUUAGUGUUGAAUGCAUUUGAAAAGCCACGCACAGUUACAGAGCUUACGCUUUGUACACAACCGACGGUUACUGGGCUACAAACUUUUCGAUGGAUCCGAUCAUGUUAGAAAAUAACAGCACCGAAAUUGGGACGCAACAGCAACAACCACAUCAGCAGCAGCAGCAACAACAGUACGGAGAAGUAAAUCAAUUAGGAGGUGUCUUCGUGAACGGUAGACCACUUCCCAAUGCUGUUAGAUUGAGAAUAGUCGAGCUCGCACAGUUGGGUAUCAGACCGUGCGAUAUCUCGCGACAAUUACGUGUUAGUCAUGGGUGCGUUAGUAAGAUACUAGCGCGCUAUCAUGAAACGGGUAGUAUUCUGCCAGGUGCAAUCGGUGGUAGUAAGCCACGUGUGACCACACCAAAAGUCGUGCAAUACAUUAAGCAACUAAAGUUAAAGGAUCCAGGGAUCUUUGCCUGGGAGAUCAGGGACCGGUUGCUCUCUGAUGGCGUUUGUGAUAAAUACAAUGUCCCAUCAGUAUCCAGUAUAUCGAGAAUAUUGAGAAAUAAAGUUGGCGCCACGACGGCUAUGCAUCAUCAUUCACAUCACUCAGCUCACCAUCAUCAUCAUCAUCAUCAUCUUUAUGCAGCUGCCGCAGCGGCUGGUGCAGCUCUUUGUCCGGUGCCGUAUCCACCGACGCCUUACCAUUCGACAGCACCGUCUUCUAUCCCCCAUCAUCAUCAUCAAGUUGGACCAUCGUCAGCGAGUAAACUGUCAUCAUCAUCGCCUCCAGCGAUUUAUAAUAGCAGCGGACACCACACGACGACGAGCAAUGCUUUGCAGUGGCCAAGUUCUCACACUGUACAUGACAUUCUGGCUAACAGCUGUAAUGUACAGAACUCCUCAUCGUCUUCUUCGCUAACUUCGCCACUAUGCUCCACAAUCAACAAUCAUCAUCAUCACAACCGUCAUAACGACAGUUCUGUUAAUAAUAACAACAACAGCAACAAUAAUAACAAUGACCAUAGGACAUCAAGCGGUUAUCCUCACCCACAUCGUUCUCAUCUGGCACACCAUCAUCAACAGUAUUAUGCUUCAACGUUGUAUCAUCAUCAUCACCAUCAUUCGGAUUCCGUAACGGCAGCCACCAUAUCAUCUACGCUCUCUGUACAGUCUAUUAUGUUGCAAUCUCCAGAAACGACAAGUCAGCCGGCCAGCCCUUGCAAUUAGAGGAAAUAACAACAAAUUGUUUUAUAAAUUUGGAUCGAUAGACAGGUAUCCAAAUGAUAAAUAAAUAUUGUUUGGGCAUGAAUAAACUUUUUAAAUAUAUUUUUACGCAUUAUAAUAAUAGAGUGUUACUAAUAAUGCAAUGAAAGCAAUCACAUUAUUGUAAUUUCUUAUA